UGAAUUUCACGGAUAUCUGUUGUGGUCACUCGGUGAAGCAGUUGAAUCAGAGCCGCCAAUGCAUCAAGCCAAUCUAGUCGACUCUUGGCGCCUAAAAGACUAAAACUUCCCGCAAAUUCCAGUGCGCGCCAAACCUUCAAAAUAUGCCAUAAAAAUUUACCCGGAAUCCUGUUUCCCGCCAUGUACGCCCGUUUAUUUUCUCUCUUUAUUCUCCAAAUGCAAAAGAACCAUUUCUCUUCUUUGAUUCUUUCAGUCUCGAUCCUACCAUCCAAUUACCAGCAAACAAACAAUCCUUCAUCACGCCAAUGGAUUUGUCGGAAAUUGCUAAGAAACUUGGUCUCUCCGAAUCCAAGAACCUGAUCCGAAAAGCGGCGGAGCUCCGCCGCCUCUGCGACGUCCAGUUUGAUUCAUCCAUUAUCGGAGUUGGAGAGGUUUGUAAGGCUAUAAUCUGCUUAGAAAUUGCCGCCACAAGGUUUCAAGUGAUUUUUGAUAGGCAGGCUGCGAUAAGGCUGAGUGGAAUGUCAGAGAAGGCUUACAAUAGAUCCUUCAAUUCGCUGCAAAACAGUCUUGGUGUUAAGACAAAGCUGGAUAUUAGAGAACUGGGGAUUCAGUUCGGAUGCGUUAGGCUUAUUCCUUUCGUGAGAAAUGGUUUAUCAUUGUACAAGGAACGGUUUCUUGCAUCAUUGCCAGCUUCAAGACGAGCGACUGCUGACUUCACCCGACCUGUGUUCACAGCAGUUGCGUUCUACUUGUGUGCAAAGAAACACAAACUCAAGAUAGACAAGCUUAAAUUGAUCGAAGUUUGUGGCACAUCUGAAUCUGAAUUCAAAUGUGUGUCCACUUCCAUGAAGGACCUCUGUCAUGAUGUUUUUGGGAUCUCAAAGGAAAAGAAGGAUCCAAGGGUGGUGAAAGGCAACCGAGAUCUGCUUGAUGCAUUGCCUGAGAAAAGAAAAUUUGAGAAUGGUGGUUACUUAUCUGAUGAUGGAGCAGAGCAUUCAAGUUACAAGAAGCGUAAAAGAAUGGAUAAAGUUGCUUAUGAGGAGUGGAAGUCCUCUGUCAUUUCAUCCAAUGACAAGAACAAGGCAAAAGGUCCUUGCAAGUGGUCCAGGCAAACUCGCCUAAACUUUCUCAAAGAAGUUCCUGAGACAGCAUGAUGGGAAGCUUUGUGAAAGACGCAGACCAUUUUUGUCAUACCAUGACUUUUUAGUUGAAAUAUUUUUCUGGAAAUUCAUAUGCAUGUAAAAAGGGGGAAAAAAAUGGCUUUGUUGAUAUUAUUCUGGAAAAUAGAUCAUUGCUUUCGAUUGGUUUUA